AUGCUACCUUCUCGCAAAACACCAGCUCGUUUCUCUUGCGAUAAGCGUCUUCCAUUGUGUAUAAUCGUGGUUGUGUUAAUUGCAGGUUUUUCUGUCGUGUACCAGCGGUUUAUGGGAGCCUCCACAUCACACAACAUGAGCCCACCAGCUAAAGUACAGCCCAAAGAGAAAGCUACAGCUUCAGUGAUCUUCCUUCAUGGACUAGGAGAUAAUGGCCAAGGCUGGGUCGAACAGUUUCGAGAAUAUUCCUUCAAGCAUAUACGAUGUGUGUGUCCACAUGCACCACUCAAGUCAGUGACACUGAAUGCUGGGAUGAUUAUGCCGUCGUGGUUUGACAUCAAAGGUCUGACUCCAAACAGUCCCGAGGAUGAGCACGGCAUUAAAGAAGCAUCCAGAGAAUUGCAGCAUUUGAUAGCCAAGGAAAUCAGUGAUGGGAUUCCUGCAGAAAAGAUCAUCAUUGGAGGCUUUUCUCAAGGGGGUUCAGUAGCUUUGUACACUGCCUUUGGCACCAACACCAGAGUGGGUGGAGUUGUGGCGCUUAGCACAUGGUUGCCCCUCAAUAAACAGUUCACUAAUGAUGGCAGCCCAAAAUACAAUACAGACAUCCCAGUGUUGCAGUGUCAUGGGCUUGCUGAUCCGCUAGUGCCGCACAAAUGGGGUCAGGCGACCCAUGAGAUCAUCAAAACCUUCAACCCAAACGCCCAGUUCAAGUCUUACAGUGGGCUGGGCCAUAGCUCCUGUUCUGAGGAAAUGGAUGAUGUAAAAUCCUUUAUACAGAACGUGUUAAAAGAUUCCUGA